AUGACUACUAGCUGGCGCCGCAUGUGGGCUUUGAUUACUCAGUCCAAAGAAUCUGACGCCAAGCAUGCUGAGGAGGUCAAGAUGCUCGAGGGGAAAAAUGCAGAAUUGCUCGAUCAGAAGAAUAAGCUAGCCGAAGAACUGAAGACUUUCCAAACUUCCCUGACCAAAGUCGUUGUGGAAAAGGAGAAGUUCAAGGAGUCUUCUAAGCUUAACUUUCAGGAGGCCAAGAAGCUUGAGGAUGAGCUGAUUGCUAGUAGAAAGGAAAGUGAAGGGUUGGAGGGGUGCAUCAAAGAGCUCGAGGAGGCCAAUGCUAGCAGCUUGGAGAGGUGUAAGGGAGCCACCUCCAAUUGCUUCUAUUCAUUUUGGAAGCACAACUACGAGGCCAACUUCAACUAUCUUUCCGAGCGCAUGAGGCGAACUGAAAUAGGCCGGUGCCUUGCUCGCCUAGAGGAAGAGGAGAGAGCGAAAAUCCUAGCCUCCCACGAAAUCUCCUUGGCUACGGGCGUUGAAGGUGCAGAAGUGGAAGCUGCGACUUCUGUCGACCAGCCAACUACUCAGGACCCUCAUGCUGCCUUAUAA